GACAUAUUUGAAUUGAAGAAAUUUAAGAAAUACCUUUUUAGUAUCCACUCUAAUAUUAAUAUCUAUAUUUCCCUUUUAUUUCCAUGUUAUGUACUUCAUGUAUAUUUUUUCAUAAGCGUUGGACUACCUUUUCCAUAUAAAUGCUCUCUAAUUAACCAAAAAAAAAACACAGCAUUGUUACGGACGCAAAUCCACUUCUCCUUUGUGAAGAACAAAAUGGAUUAUGAUGGUGAUGGAAGUCCAGACAACGAACAGUAUACUUCAAUGAACCUCAUGUCAAAAGAGAAAAAGAUUUAUCAUCGUCACUCUCCUCAACAGAUUCAGAAACUAGAAGCUUAUUUCGAAGAAUGUCCUCAUCCAAACGAAUCACAAAGACAAAAGUUAUGCAAUGAGUUGAACCUCGAGAUAGACCAAGUCAAAUUUUGGUUCCAGAACAAAAGAACUCAAAGCAAAGCUCAAGAUGAGAGAAAUUCAAACAUAUGUCUUCGUGCUGAAAAUGAAAGGAUCCGAUGUGAGAAUGCUGCGAUGAAGGAGGCUUUAAAAAAUGUGACUUGUCCGCCUUGUGGUGGUCCUCUUUUUGGUAGUGAUGAACGCGAACAUAAUGUCCAUAAGCUGCGUUCAGAGAAGGUUCUCCUCAAAGCGGAGUGUGACAACAUGAAGGCAGCCGUGAACAAUUAUCAACAAAUCAUGUUGGACUCGCUCACUUCUGUUCAAAGGCAGCAAACCUUUGAAACUCUGACCUCAUACGGAAUGAAUCCAUACAAUCCCUUCAACCAACCUAGCUCCUCAGAAUCUCAUACCAUCCAACCACAACUACUAUCCCAAAUGGAUAUACCGCAACUGUCUGAAACUGCGGCGAUUGCGGUUGAAGAGCUUAAGCAGUUAUUUACAGAUGAUGCUCUUUGGGUUAUGUCGUCUAUCGAUGGAACAUAUAUGAUUGAUCAAGAGAGCUAUGAGAAGUUCUCUCAGUCAAUCAAACAUUUGAGGAACUUAAGUGCUCGCGUCGAGUCUUCUAAAGAUGUCACAGUGGUUCCUAUAGAGGCAACACGCUUGAUUGAAAUGUUCUUAGAUACGGAUAAAUGGAAAAUGCUUUUUCCAACGAUCGUGAACAACGCCACGACGAUUCGUACGCUCGGAUCCGAGCUUUCGACAAAAGAAAACUGCAAUGUCUUGCAAGUGAUAUCGGAGCAGCUACACAUAUUGUCGCCAUUAGUGCCACCAAGGGAGUUUAUGAUCGUUAGAUGCUGCCAACAAAUCAGUGACGGGCUCUGGAUUAUUGCUGAUGUGUCACACAACAUCGUUAACUCUGACCGAGUCAGUCCAUCUUGUUAUAAACGUCCUUCUGGUUGUCUCAUCCGAGCCUUGUCCAAUGCUAAGACUCAGGUAACGUGGAUAGAGCAUGUGGAAGUGGACCAUACACCCGAUACACAUCGGAUGUAUCGAGAGCUUGCAAGUGGCAGUUCAGGCUAUGGAGCUAGGCGUUGGAUCGUCACCCUUGAGAGAAUGUGUGAGAGAAUGGCUCUCUCAUCCAUCCCAAUCAUGCCGCCUACUGACUGGAGUGAAACUAUACCGACAGUGGAAGGAAGAAAGAGUGUGAUGAAAAUAGGGGAAAGAAUGUUGAAGAUCUUCAACGAAAUGCUGAUCAUGUCCGGGAAAGUUGAGUUCCCGCAGCAAUCAAAAUGUGGAGUCAGAAUUUCGAUCCGGAUGAACAUGGAAGCUGGUCAACCUCCCGGUUUAGUUGCCAGUGCUGCAUCUUGUCUCUCAAUCUCUCGCACUCCUUUGCAAGUCUUCAACUGCCUGAGAAGCAACAGCAUCCGUCACAAGUGGGACGCUCUUUGCCAUGAAAACGUAAUCACUGAGACCGCUCACAUUGCCACCGGAUCAAGUGAAACAAACUACAUCAACCUACUCCAGCAUACACUAGCCGGGGAUAUUGGAAAAAAUAUGGAACAAGAACCAGACAAGAAGAUGAUGCUGCUGCAAGAGUGUUACAUGGACGCAUUAGGAGGUAUGAUAGUGUACGCUCCUCUCGACAUGGCUCUAAUGAGCAUUGCUGCCUCUGGGAAAGUCGACCCUUUGAAAAUUCCAAUCCUUCCUUCUGGCUUCACCAUCUCAAGCGACAACAGCGGAGGAUCCAUGGCGAGUGAGAACGGUGGAACUGUACUCACGUUGGCUUUUCAGAUCCUUAUUACUGAUAAAAACAGUAAGAUCAAAAAUGUGACGGAGAAUUCAGUGGACAGUGUGAGUAGAUUGAUCAGUAAAACUGUUCAACGCAUCAAGAGCUUGUUCAAUUGUCCUCCUGAGUGAGUGAGAGAAUAUUCUCUAGAGGAUUCUUUUUUGUUCUUUUUUUUUCUUUUGG